GGGGAGGGCUUGACACGGGGUUCCCACAGCUUGCUCCACACCACCUUCACACUCACACCCAGCAGGUCCCCGUGGGGCCGGUGCAGGCCAUGGCUGCCCGCGCUGCGCUGUUGCUCUGUCCCAGCUGGCUGGCUCCGGGUGCGGAGCACUCUGGGCUGGGGCCUCUAGGGCGCGCACAGUGGGGUGACAGGCAGCCUGGCUGCAGAAACGUUGCACCCGUGCAUGAGGUGGGAGGAUGUGAUGACGCAGCCCACGCAGCGGGAACCCAGGCCUUUAAAAAGCCCAGGAAACAGCCUCAGCGCAAGCGGUGGCUCCACUGGAGGAAAACACACCCCGGUCUCACAUUGAAGAAGCCAAACUGUCGGCUUCAAAGAGAAAAGGCAACAUCCUGUCACAGGCCAUGCUCUGGCAAAAACCCACAGCUCCAGAGCAAGCCCCCGCCCCGGCCCGGCCAUACCAGGGCGUCCGCGUGAAGGAGCCAGUGAAGGAACUGCUGAGGAGGAAGCGAGGUCACGCCAGCAGCGGGGCAGCGCCUGCACCUACGGCGGUGGUGCUGCCCCAUCAGCCCCUGGCGACCUACACCACAGUGGGUCCUUCCUGCCUGGACAUGGAAGGCUCUGUGUCUGCAGUGACGGAGGAGGGUGCUCUGUGUGCCGGCUGGCUCUCCCAGCCCACCCCGGCCACCCUCCAGCCCCUGGCCCCGUGGACACCUUACACCGAGUAUGUGCCCCAUGAAGCCGUCAGCUGUCCCUACUCAGCUGACAUGUAUGUGCAGCCCGUGUGCCCCAGCUACACGGUGGUGGGGCCCUCCUCAGUGUUGACCUAUGCCUCUCCGCCACUCAUCACCAAUGUCACGACAAGAAGCUCCGCCACGCCCGCAGUGGGGCCUCCGCUGGAGGGCCCAGAGCACCAGGCACCCCUCACCUAUUUCCCAUGGCCUCAGCCCCUUUCCACGCUACCCACCUCCACCCUGCAGUACCAGCCUCCGGCCCCAGCCCUACCUGGGCCCCAGUUUGUCCAGCUCCCCAUCUCUAUCCCAGAGCCAGUCCUUCAGGACAUGGAAGAUCCCAGGAGAGCCACCAGCUCACUGACCAUCGACAAGCUGCUUUUGGAGGAAGAGGAUAGCGACGCCUACGCACUCAACCACACUCUCUCUGUGGAAGGCUUUUAGGGGUGGCUCCCACCUGAGUCCUGUUCCCUGAAACUGGGAUUUGAAAAUGAGCCUGGAAUUGAGCCCCAAAUUCAAGCUUGUUUGGAGUAGUUAUUUCGUAACUACACUUUCUACACACAGCUAGAGUUGUAGACCUGUAAACCUUCCUUCCCUUCUGCCUUCCCCUCCUUCCCUCCCUCACUUCCUCCCUCUCUCCUUCCCUUCUUCCUUCCCCUCCCUCCCUCACUUCCUUCCUCUCCCCCUCUCCUUCCCUUCUUCCCCUCCCUCCCUCUUUCCUUCCCAACCCCUUCCUUCCUUUUCCUCCCUUCGCCCCUCCCUCCCUUCCCUCCCUCCCUCCCUCCUUCCUCCCCCCCCUCCCUCCCUUCCUCCCUCCCCCUCCUCCCUCGCUUCUUCUGUCUUCCUUACUUCUUUUUUCGAUUCUGUCCCAUUUUGGGAGGUAAUUAUAGGGAUUUUAGCAAUAACGUUUUAUGUCAAAUGUUGCCAAGUCUGUGGUCCAUGGGCUUUCAUUUCUGUCACAUUUCAUUUCUUGGAAAAGGCUCCCUUUCCCCAGUGCCUGCUGAAACUUCUUAGGGCCACUCACACCCUCUGUCCUUUUAAGAGGUAUGCAGUGGCCAGCAGGAAGAUCAGCCCUGACAGCACCUCCUGAGAAAGGCAGCCAAGGGCCUACCCUGAUGCCAGAGUCCUUGAGCUGUCAGUUCCCACAGUUGCUCCUUUGUUUGCUCUUCUCAGCAUCAGCCAGAUUUACAGUUUGGGCAGCAAAAUCGCAAGGCCUGGGGCUCAGGGUAGUAAGGGGUGGGGAGUGGGUGGGAGGGAAAAAAGAACAUUAGGGUGGGUGGGGGCAGGCCAGUGACGAAGAGAGGGACAGAGGAGGGAUGGGAACAGGCUGUGCGUCUUAGUUGGAGAGAGGGGUGUGGGAGGAAGCUUCAGUUUGAUGCGGGGAGGAGGAAGGCUGAGGAAUGACUUGGCUCCAGAUUACUUGGUUAUUAAGAAGAACAAUAAACUGAAGGAACGCAUUGCUUGAAGUGGUGGUUUUGCUGCUCUCCUUGAGGAUAUAUGCAAGGGAAGUUGGGCUGUUGUAAACAGGGCGAAGGAUGUGUUUGAUCAUUUCUGUCUCACCUCUAGGCCCUCUGCUGGUGCUGUGGAGGCCAAGACCCCAUGAAGCCUAAAGGUGAUGGGGCCUUGCCUAGGCUUAGUGCUACCAUGUGGGUUUCUUUUCUUUUCUUUCUUUCUUUUUUUUGUUUUUUUCUUGAGAUGGAAUCUCACUCUAUUGUCCAGGCUGGAGUGCAAUGGCAUGAUCUUGGCUCACUGCAAGCUCCGUCUCCCAGGUUCAAGUGAUUCUCCUGCCUCAGCCUCCUGAAUAGCUGGGAUUACAGGUGCAUGCCACCAUGCCUGGCUAAUUUUUGUAUUUUUAGUAGAGAUGGGGUUUCACCAUGUUGGCCAGGCUGGUCUCGAACUCCUGACCUUGUGAUCUGCCCGCCUUGGUCUCUCAAAGUGCUGGGAUUACAGGCGUGAGCCAACGCACUCAGCCUUUUACCGUGUGGGUUUCUUUAGUGUCUUGAAAGCAUCCAUAACCCACCAUUCUGUGGAGCCAAGGCCCCCUCUACCCAAACACCCUCCCUCCUGCGGACUUCUAGAGCCUCAGCCAGAAGUACCAUUAGGUUUAAUUUAAUUGUUUUGCUGAAGAAACAUCAGGUUUGUAGGAGACUGAGUUGUUAGCAGGGAUGCUUAGCUCGUGAUAGUGAACGUGUACCUGGGGAACUGGCACAUUCACCUGCUAAUAGCACCAUCGUCACUAUUAAGCAGACACUUCAGCUGGUAGAAUCCAUGUAGUAGAAGUCAUGGACUUUUCUGGGAAAUGAUAGUUUCUUUGACACAUUUUCUUUGCCCACUUUAAAUAAAAACUCUGGAGAAAGUU